AUGCAGCGUCAGGUGAAAACACAAGAACAACCUCGAUUCGAGCUGACCACCGCAGAUGGAACUCAUCUGUACAUGAACGCAGGUUCUGAAGGCAAUGAGUCCAGUUUAGCUACGCAAAAACCUAAACUUAGGAGCGCGACCGCUGGGGAAGCUCAUGGCGAAAAGAUUGUUGAGAUUCGACAACUCGUAAUGAAUAGCGAUGUUGUGAAGAUGCAAGAAAAUCCGCAAUAUGAAAAAACUCAUAUCACUGAACAUGUGAGCAAGAUGAAAGGAAACGAUAGCACUGAAUGGUUAACCACAGUAAAGGCCUCAACGAAACCCAAAUCAAGAAGAGCGAGCACCGGGAAAGCCGAGAAAGAAAAGAACCCCAGAGAACUGCCAGGGCAGAAGAUUAGUCAGCUCUACGAUGGGGGCAUCUAUGAAGUGAUAGCAAAUAACAACAAUGACAUUCCUGUGAAACAAGCAGCAGGGGGAGACGAACAACCAGAUAAAGUGUACGACACACUAAACGUCUUAGCGCAGACAAUGCAACAGCAAAUGGAUUUGUUUCGACGUACGAUGUGUCAAAUGACUUUGCUUCUGGUGAUAACUCUUCUCACGGCGGCAGUGAGCCUGUCCUUAAUAAUUCAGGCAACGACGUCUGAGAAAUGGGCGCAUCAGACUCCAUCUCCUGCAGGUAGAGUGUUCCCCCUCCCUUCCUCAGUAACAAAACCAGUAAUGUGUGAAGGGGGGAAGGGAGGAGUGUUUUUAUAAUUUUUCUGCAGCGGCAGUGAGCCUGUCCUUGAGAAUUCUGGUAACGAUGUCUGAGAAAUGGGCCCAUCAGACUCCCUCUCCUGCAGGUAGGGUGUCCCCUCCCCCUCCUCAGUAAGGAAAGGAUGAGUGUGGAGGGAGGGGAAGGGAGGAGUGUUCUGAUGAAAUCAAGAAACCUCAUUUCUUCGUGGUUUAAUCUUGUCCGGAUUAUACAGGUUAAUUGCGGAAACGUUGCGUCACAAAAUGGGUAAAAUUUUCCAAAACAUAAUUCAACAUCACCAAAAUUGCUAUAAAUUUUCCAAAUCACAGUCUGGAUAGGUCGAUAUUCUACUUAGAUUAAAAGAACUUGCCCCUGUCUUUCAUCCAACAAAGAUAAUCGUCGAUGAUGUUCGCACUGAUGCUCUCAUUAUAUCGAUGUAUUGCCCCGACAGAGCCUCUUCCAUUAAUCCCACUUUCCGACGCACAAUCACUCACUUCUUUGUGGAUUUGCUGUUGAUAUACUUGAUAGAAAAUUGAUGUUGUUCAAUCUUGGGGUAUAAAGGAUUAACGUCGGUCGUUAGAUUGAAGAGUUUUGACUGGGCUGAACGUCGGAAGUUAGCUGUUACGUUCAAUGUUGAGUUGCUGAGUAACGAUAUAACCUUAAAUGUUCCCUACGUGCCCACUCACAAGUCGGAAUUAUGACACUGGUUUUGUACACUUGGGUGCAAUCCUAAGCUAUAACCACUCAAAGCCGUAUAAGAAAAUUCUGCCCAAGCAUACACCCUUCCUCAUAUCUGUUACAAAUUGUCGAAAUUCUAACUGUGGCCCUAUCAAUAACAACAGAAAAAGAAUAUAAUAACCUUCUGUUUCCUCUUCAUGGAUUCGGCUCCUUUGAGCACGGGAAAAAUCCAUUGGUAAAAAAAAAGUUAAAACGCUUAAGACUUCAAUGUUUAUUGUUUUGAAUGAACGAAAAGUAGUUAAUGGGGCGGCUGCGCUUUUAGGCGUGGAUAGAUGUAAACAUUAGUUACAUGCUGGUACAUAGAAUUGGAAUCAUUAAAAGGGCAUACGAAAAUCUUAACGAGGGGAAGUGCAAUUUUUCCCAUUUCUUCCAGGACCUUCAGAUGGAGGAUUGACUAAGUGCCUGGAAACUGUGUACAUCCACAAGAUAAAAGAACUGACAGACUCGCUCAACAUCACUCGUCGUCAACUUGACGACGUCAGAAGUGAAGUCGCGAGGCAGAAAAGUACAAUAGCUGAGGUAACGUCACACGUAUAUCGUAAAUCCCCACUAAGCACCAUCAUUUUUUGCUAAAUUAAACAAGCUUUCCUUCUCAAAUGACCCCCCCCCCCCAAAUGUGUUUGAAAGAAAUAUGCCUCCAGGGGGCUUAAGAGAGGAUUCACGAUAUACUGAAAAAAAUGUUUGGCAGUUCCAGAGCGGCACCUUAGUGAUCGGCAGGCAGCUCAUUCAGGGUGAAAUGGGUAAAACCGACUUAAAAUUAGUGAGAAUAAACUAAAACAUCAUAACUUAUCAAAACGCCAGAAUGGCUAUAGAAGAAAACGAACAGCAAUCAACAGAAUUGAGAUCAUAUUUUGUGUACUCCACGUUGUUUUAAAAUUUCAGUCCAUUUCCAAAGAACUUGUUUAUUAUUUUCAACGGCCGUUAUAAACUAUAGAAAUGUUGACAAGUCUAUAUUUGAAUUCUUCGGUACGAAAAUUCUAAAAUUCUGAAAACAUCCGUAAGUCAGGAUAUCCAACGCAAUGUUCUCACUCGCUCAACGUAUGUAAAUCACAGGGAUUCAAUUGCAGCCGAUGUAUGGGACCACCCGGACCUCCUGGCCAACAGGGACCUACAGGACCUCCGGGAGCUGCUGGACUGCAGGGUCGUCAAGGACCAAGGGGACCAAGGGGGUUCAACGGGUCCCAAGGAUCUCAGGGAGUCCCUGGUCCACAAGGACCAAUGGGCCCACCUGGGUGGAAUGGGUCAGAGCUAGCACCACAAGGCCCUCCUGGUCCGCCAGGAAAGCCUGGGGCUGGGAAUCUGACUCUUUGUCAGUACAGGUUCAAAAAGGAAACUGCACAAACAGCAGGAGACGCAGCAGAUUCAGUGGUUCAGCUUCGAGAAGAUGAACAUCCGGUACGUAAUUCAUUCGUUAUCCUUUUAUUGGAAUUAUUUUAAGGCUAUCCUGGAAUUUGAUUGAGUCCAGGUAACUAAUUAAAUAAGUUCCAAAGUAAUAAGUACAAUAAAGAGAAACCAUUAAUCGGAAUGCAUAGGUAACGAUCAAAGGGUAUAUAACGACGCUAUUGGUGAAGUAAUUAGAACCCGUCAUUGCCCUUGUGUAGCAAAAACUUCACAACAUACAUCCAUAAUUCAGAAGCAUACAAUGGUUAUCAGGGUAGACAAAGAUCCCUGUUAUAUUUAGAUAAUUUUCGCUAAAGAUUUCGGGCUUGACCGUACGCAACGAAUAACAUUCAAGCCACCUAGAAACUUCAUACCACAAGAAACGCUUGACAAACUAUUAAAAUCAUUCGAAGUUUGCGCACGUAAAACAUAAGACUGCACCUCAGUGCCAGUUAACGAACCUCUUCCUGGCUACAAUGUUUGCCUUACACGUUCAUCAGUUUUCGAUUGUAGCCAGAUGUAUGCUCUAACAGCGGAUGUAUCAUAUCUUUUUAGGGAUGGAAAAUUCUCGCGGCCAUAUGCUCAACAGAGAGAGGUGCCGAGUACGUUUUUAAGGAUGGACUGCUUGUACCGAACACAACCGUACUUAUAUACAGCUGCCAUUGUAAAGGGAAAGCGAGACUCUUUGUUACUGGUCCAAGAAAUAUGCUGUGCGUUAUUCACUACUGGAUGUGUCCCAUUAUAAGCUGA